AUGAAAAUAGCCAAAAUUAUUUUAGCUUUUUAAAUAUUCAGUAAAAUAAAAAGUAUUGUUUUCAGGAAAAAAAAUGAAGAAAAACAGUAAGAAAUUAUAAAAAAUAAAUAAAUUAAUUAAUUAAUUUUUAAAGUAAAAAUUAAAAAUGAUUUAAAAUAAGCAAAAAACUUAUUUUUGUCAAUAAAAAUUAAAAUUGAUGAAAGUAAAAAUAUAAAAAAAUAAUAUUUUAAAUAAAGAGUAAAAAAUAAGAUGAGUAAUAAAUGCUAAAUUUAGUUUAAUUUACUUGAGAUUAAUAUGAAGAAUUUUAUGAAACUAAAGUGA